UGGAUAUGGAAAGUGUGAAUGAUGAAAGUGAUGAAGUGAGUAAUAAACGUUAUAAUAAAUUUCAUGGCGUAAUUGAUGAGGAUAAAAAUAUUAUAAGCGACAAAGCUGAAAUAUUACGAAGGAAUUGGGUUAGAUGAUUUCAUGGAUGGUGAGGAUAAAACCUGCCAAAUAAUAAAUAUUACUGUUUACUUUAGAUAAGGAUGAGAGCUUUAAUAUGAAAUUUUUGUUCUUAAUAAGUCCUUUUGAAGAUCCAUAUGAUAUGGAAGAAGACAAUGAAUGUUCCAACAUUUUAUCAAACUAUCAGUUAAUGUCGAUAGAUUCCUUAAGCUCAAAUAAAUUUACAAUCAAGUUUAAAGAUUAUGAUUAUUCCUUAUUAUUUUUAAAAGAUCAUUCUGAACCUACUGAUGUAAAUUUAUUAGAAUAUUUCAAUCAAAAACCUUAUGAAGAAAAUACUUUUGAAGAUGGAGAAAUAGAAGAUGAUUUUAAUUCAUUAAGAAAAAGGAGUAACAAAAGAAUAGCAAAUGCUAAAGAUGAAACUGUACUACUUUCUCACAAAUGGCGUAAAUUUAUCUACCCUCCUUAUGAAUCAGAGAUUGAAACACAACCAAAAUAUCCCUUAUUAUUAUUUAGAUUUGCUAAAAACAUCGAAAUAAGGCUAGGAAAUUUUAACAAAAGAUUGGAUUUGAGACAAAUUCUCGCUAUCAACUCCAAGAAAAAUAAAUACGUCAAUCAAACAUACCCAGAAGAAUUCAAGAAUUUGGCACCUUCAUAUAACUCUGAUGUCCCACAAACAUCAAAUGGGAGACAUCUGAUAACCUACAAUGACAUUGAAGAGGAAUCCAAUACUCUAGACUCUCGCACUUCUGCCAUGAAAUCCAAAAAAGAUAAAUCGCCAAUAAUCGAUGACCUUGAAAAGGAAGUUCCGUUUGAUUACGAAUCCGAAAUAUUAUUAAUGUAUGAUAAGAUGACUUCGAAUCAAUUACAUCAAAAUACUCUUCAACCUAAAUUAGGGAAAGGGAUAUUCACAAAGACUUUCAAAAAUAGACUCCUCCAAGAUAAUAGAAGGGAUAAAAACACCAUAACCAUGGUAGCGGAUAUGAUACACGAUUCCGAAACAGUUAGAAUCAGAACAAGACCCGUUAAACGGCAAGAAGAUGACUCUGACGACCAAACAAGUUUCAAGAAAUCAUUGGAGAUGCAUAGGAAAGGCAAAAAUAAAAGACAUCUUUUGAUAGACUCUGCUUACAGUUCCAAAAUGCCAAAUUUUGACGAUAUCAUCAUCCACGACGAGAACGAUGUUCGACAUGUUAUCAGAAAAAAACGAAAUACAUGCAAAUAAAAUUUAUAGACUCGCGAAUACCUAAUUUUUUUAAAAAUUUAUAAUUUUAUUGAUAAUAUGAUG